AUGCCUGGCUUAGGGGAAAAGGCGCGCUAUGCGUCGCUUCGUAAUAGAUCAGGAACAAAGGGGACUAACAGUCUCUCAGGGCACACCUUCCGCCACAAGUCCGCGGGCGCCUUCGGGCCCGAUCUCGCGAAGAAACUCUCCCAGCUGGUGAAGAUGGAGAAGAACGUCAUGCGCUCUAUGGAGCUUGUCAGCAGGGAGCGCAUGGAGGUUGCUCAACAUCUUUCAAUCUGGGGUGAAGCUUGCGACGACGAUGUGUCCGAUGUGACCGACAAGUUGGGUGUCCUCAUCUACGAGAUCGGCGAGCUUGAGGAUCAAUUCGUCGACCGCUACGAUCAGUACCGUGUGACCAUUAAGAGUAUCCGGAAUAUCGAAGCGUCUGUGCAGCCCAGCCGUGACCGCAAGCAGAAGAUCACUGAUCAGAUUGCUCAGCUGAAGUACAAAGAGCCGAACUCGCCCAAGAUCGUCGUUCUUGAGCAGGAGCUCGUCCGCGCCGAGGCUGAGUCUUUGGUUGCUGAGGCUCAGCUUUCCAACAUCACCCGUGAAAAGUUGAAGGCUGCUUUCACGUACCAAUUCGAUGCCCUGCGGGAGCACAGCGAGAAGAUCGCCAUUAUUGCCGGCUUCGGAAAGCACCUUCUUGAGCUUGUUGACGACACCCCAGUCACUCCCGGAGAGACUAGGAACGCAUAUGAUGGCUAUGAGGCUAGCAAGGCCAUUAUCCAGGACUGCGAGGAUGCUUUGACCAAUUGGGUUACACAGAACGCUGCCGUUAGCUCCAAGCUCUCCACUCGCGCUCGCACACUUUCGCAACGUCGCAAGAACGCUACCCGUGGUGAAGGCGUUGACCUAUCUCACCAGGACCAGCCGCUCGGCGACAGGGAGUCUGGCCUCUGGAUCCCGGCAUCAGAGCACCAAGGUAAUGGUUACGAGGAAGAGGAGGAUGAGCUCGAUGCCCCAUCAACGGUUGCGACUGAGACCCGAGGCCGCGAGGAGGAGAGGCCAGUUGCUGCUUAA